UCCUGUCCUGGUGCAUGGUGGUCGGACGGAGGAAUUGUUGGAAAAUUUUCCUCGGAGGUAAACGAUGUUGUUAGCACAGAUAAAUCGAGAUUCUCAGGGCAUGACCGAGUUUCCCGGAGGAGGGAUGGAGGCUCAACACGUCACUCUGUGUCUGACGGAGGCAGUGGCCGUGGCAGAUGGAGACAAUUUGGAAAACAUGGAAGGCGUCAGCUUGCAGGCAGUUACCCUUGCAGAUGGUUCCACAGCUUACAUUCAGCAUAAUUCUAAAGAUGGAAAACUAAUGGAUGGCCAAGUGAUUCAACUCGAGGAUGGUUCCGCUGCCUAUGUCCAACAUGUUCCUAUGCCUAAAAGUACAGGGGACAGUUUGCGGUUAGAAGAUGGACAGGCUGUUCAACUGGAAGAUGGCACUACAGCUUUUAUUCACCACACCUCCAAAGACAGUUAUGACCAGAGCGCACUGCAGGCAGUCCAACUGGAAGAUGGCACCACGGCCUACAUUCACCAUACGGUGCAGGUGCCGCAGUCGGAUACCAUCUUGGCUAUCCAAGCGGAUGGUACGGUGGCCGGUCUUCACACAGGGGACGGCACCAUUGACCCCGACACCAUCAGUGCUUUGGAACAGUAUGCCGCGAAGGUAUCUAUUGAUGGAAGCGAAAGUGUAGGAACAGGAAUGAUGGGGGAAAAUGAACAAGAGAAGAAAAUGCAGAUUGUUUUACAAGGACACGGAACCCGAGUCCCUGCCAAAUCCCAGCAGACUGGAGAGAAGGCUUUUCGCUGUGAUUAUGAUGGGUGUGGAAAACUGUAUACAACAGCCCAUCACCUCAAGGUACAUGAAAGGUCCCACACAGGAGAUCGACCGUAUCAAUGUGAACAUCCUGGUUGUGGGAAAGCAUUUGCAACAGGUUAUGGAUUAAAAAGCCAUGUCCGGACUCACACGGGAGAAAAGCCAUAUCGGUGUUCAGAAGACAACUGUACUAAAUCUUUCAAAACAUCAGGAGAUCUACAGAAGCAUAUCAGAACUCACACAGGUGAAAGGCCCUUUAAGUGUCCCUACGAAGGCUGCGGUCGGUCGUUCACAACUUCAAAUAUCAGAAAAGUUCAUAUCAGGACACACACGGGAGAAAGGCCGUACUACUGCACGGAACCGGGAUGUGGAAGAGCGUUUGCCAGUGCGACGAAUUAUAAGAAUCACGUGAGGAUACACACAGGUUGCCAUAGUGGCUCAGGAUUUAGCAGCAUUCCAUACAGCUUCAUCAGAAAUGGGCCAUCAGCCCCACGGACAUCAUUUAGUGACGACAGAAACCAGACCUGUUACGUUAUUAGCAACGUCCAAUGGCACUCAAAUUGCUGUGCAGCUUGGAGAACAGCAGUCAUUGGAAGAAGCCAUCAGAAUAGCCUCCAGGAUACAGCAGGGGGAAACGCCAGGACUGGACGACUAACAGGCCAAAACAGAUCAGCUCUUUUAUCUUCAGAAAGCAGAGGUCCAUGCCAGUACCUGAAAACUUUGAAGUUCCCUUUCGCUGGUACUCAGUACACAUUUUUAUGCAAGAGUGGAGAACAUUUUACGCUUGAUGCUUUUGUGUACAUUACCUUUGGAAUAGAUUUCCAACCUGAUCCGUUGUCUAUACCGGAAUACAAAAUUAGAGUUGUACAGUAAAUUUUGACAUUAUUCUUUUAUCAGAUGACAAAGUUCUGGAGUUUACCUACAGAACAAACCCGGCUGUAGAAAUACCAGAAUUAAUUUUUAACUUGAGGUGCAAAAUAAAAGGCUUUACCUAAAACUUCAAGGGUUUAAAAAGGUCAUCACAAUCAUCAUUCCAGAAGGGGGCACGGAAACCAAGGUUACGAAGCCUUUUUAGCGUUUUCCUAACUAGCAAAGUCUCCACGUUUUCGGGUUCUAGUGUACGCUUUUAAAUUUUGAUUUGUCUCAUGUUGUCACAUCCAUUUGAAAGGUUUACAGUUUCUCUUCCCUGUCGUUCUUCCUCCCUACCCCUUCACUCACUGUGUAAAUACCGACUGUUGAAGCUGGAAGCAUCAACUGUAUUAUCUUUGCAUUGGAUUACGGUCAAAGGAGAGAGAGAGAGAAGCUUUGGUUGUUCAACAUAAAGAAAGUUACAUAUAAGGCUUCAAAUUCCAUUAAGAUUUCACUUUAAGAAAAUAAUUUGGUUGCUCUUUCUUUUCAAAAGAUGAUAAAGUAAAAUAUGUCCACAGCAUAUUGUCUAAGACAGAAAUACUGUGAUGUUAAAUACUUCUUAUUGAGGUUACUAUGAGUUAUUUAUUUCUUGCUCAGUAUAUAUUAUGCACUGUUCCAAAGUUUAUUUACCAUAUAGUUUAUUCUUGAUU